AAAGCGUGCAGGAAGCAGGAGUCCGGACUGUUGCUGCUUGGUGCUGAUGGUGAGGUAGAAAGUAGCUGCAAGACCUGACAGGGAUGCACAUCAUCCCAGUUCUGAGAGCAGGCAUGAUCCCUACCGCCAGGUGAGAGAACAAAACUGCGAAAAACAAAACCCACAAGAAGAAAAAUAAAACCACACCACAACAGCAUCGGAAGUUCAGCUGUGCUGCACACAAGUGGGUGAAGAGAUUGCAGUCAGCAACAAAACAAAAGAGGAGCAAUUUACCACCUUUCUUCACCCCUCCCCACCCCCCCACCCCUUCUGUUACCCCAACCCACCCCCUCCCGAUUCUGUCAGAGCUGCGGACCUGGUUCGAGAUGUCAAGGAAAAAGACUCUGAAGAGUAAGAGUCACACGUCUCCCAGCACCACCUUACCAGCCGGCAGCGGGAAAGAACAGGAGGCGAAAUCACGGAAGAGCAACUCCGGCGGCCAGGCUUUGAUAAACGGAGUGAUCCUGCCAAACAGACCCUCUCUGAGCAACAGCAGCGAGUUCUAUGACCUCGCUUUUAAGGUGAUGUUGGUUGGAGACUCUGGAGUGGGGAAAACCUGUUUGCUGGUGCGUUUUAAGGAUGGAGCUUUCCUAGCAGGAAGCUUUAUUUCUACAGUGGGCAUUGACUUCAGGAAUAAAGUAUUGAAUGUGGAUGACGUGAAAGUUAAGCUGCAGAUCUGGGAUACAGCAGGACAAGAAAGGUUUCGCAGUGUGACUCAUGCUUAUUACCGAGAUGCUCAUGCUCUUUUGCUGCUGUAUGACGUCACAAACAAAACAUCAUUUGACAACAUUCAGGCCUGGCUGACAGAGAUUCAUGAAUAUGCAACACAAGACGUGGUAAUCAUGUUGUUGGGUAACAAGGCUGAUGCAACUCAAGAGAGGGCCGUUAAGAAAGAGGCAGGAGAAAAAUUAGCAAAGGAAUAUGGAGUGCCCUUUAUGGAAACAAGUGCCAAAACAGGCCUAAAUGUUGAGCUGGCAUUUAUGGCUAUUGCAAAAGAACUGAAACACAGGUCAAUGAAAUCACCAAAUGAUGCCAAGUUCAAGCUCCAUGAUUAUGUGAACUCGGAAAUGAAAGGUACGGGUUGCUGCAGAUCAUAACUGCUAUGUUCUAUCUGCCGAUACAUUUGUACAAGACUGAUUGUCUCAUAGUUCUGCCAUUUCUUUUGUGAAGUUCUUGCAUGUCUGUACUUGUUGUCUGUACAUUGACAAGUGUUUAUCAGCCAAGAACACCUUGAAUUAAUUUGCGGAGAUGAGUGGGAUAUAAAUGGUGUUAAAUCAGGAUCGAAAGAACUGUACUUGAUUGUUUACAUAAUCUAAAUCUGCUUUUGCUGACUAACAGUUUGUAUCAAUAGAAAAACACACCUGUUUUGUUCUGUAGGACAUUAAAUGAAUGUACAUUGAUGUCCGUGAUUGUACUGAAUGUAUGCUGUGUAUAUUUUUUAAUUCUUUACAAAGCCAACUUUAAUUUCAUUUGGGGCACUGCGGAGAAUCCACAUGUGUGAAAAUAAAUCAGGAUGCCAGUUGCAAGGAAAUGCCAUUCGACCCCUUUUAUGCAUCUUGCUGAAAUAAUGUAAACUAUUUUUUAAACUAAUGCAUAAUUGUCAGACUUAUUAGAAUUUUUAAAUAGUUGCAACAGCUGUAAAAUAAAAUGUUUUCCAAGAAACCACAUUCCAAGAAGUGAAUGAAAAAAGCCAUGGUAAAAUAGAUUGAUGGGCCUGUUGUUAAUUAUUGUGCAGCAUAUGCUUUUGCAGAAAGUAAAAACUUGAAACCUA